AUGAAGCAAAGCCCUCCAGUUGGCUGGACAUAUUUCCCUGCCAAGAGUAGUGACAACUACGCAAUUUGGUAUUUUGUUGGCCAGUCGAACGAUACUACAUUGGCGAAGCAGAAAGCUAACGCUGAGAUUCGAGCGUCGAUGUUGGAAGCGUUGACGGCUGCCAACAUGGCCAUGUACGGUGUUGAAGUUACGAACGACUUCAUGCCUGUUCAGAUAGAAAACCCAACGACGAAUCUGAAAGGUGUUGGGCCAAUUUACGGAAAAGUCGAAGCAGGUGCCGUCACACAGACAUCCCCUGGAGGCACAGCGGAUUUCGUGUUUCACACUUACACGGUGGAUAUGAAGGUGACCUUGCACAACGUAGCCAAUACUCGCUACAAAUGGAACAUCGUCAAGAAUACGUUCAUGCAGAAGCUUUCACUGAACUUCGGAGCACGUUUCAAUGGCGAAGUGACCGUUGCAAAGUUCUAG